UGGGAAAAAAGGGAGGACAAAGAUGGAUGGCUUAAAACAUCCAAACGUUGCAGCCCACCAACGGAGGGUUCAGGAAUAAGCUGGUAACUGUAAGGGGCACCUCAGAAAAAGAAGAAGUCUAGGGACUUUCUCUUUCGUCCCACACCUUGGCCACCUGGGAGACCUGACCUCGGCGGGGCCGGAACCCCUGACUGCCACGGUCAAGAAUGAUGCACAGUGGAGAAAGUGAGUUUUCCUCCCCGCUUCCCGGUACGGCGUGUCCGGGUCACGGAGUAGGGCCUUGAAGAAGUUGCUGAGAUCCAGCAGCUAGGGCUCGCGAGUUUCCGAUCCACACCUGUCAGCGCCACCCGCGCAGGACACCUGAGCCGAGGGGAAUGCCGCCCUGGGCCUCCGCCUAUCUAACGGCAUCACCUAGGUGGAACUGGCGAAGCCCGGGAAUCCGCUCCUGAACCAGCGCUGAGCCAACCACGGCGGACCGGGACUCGGAGAACAAGAGCCCCGCAGGCUACAGCCGGGCUCUCCGGGACCCCGCUCAGCCAGCUAGCAGCCCGCUCCGCGCCUCAACCAAGCCUGGGCCCUUAGUCCCGCCUUACUGCUCAGCGCGGAUUGGUGGCAGGGAUAAGCUCUGGCGCUGAUUGGACGGCGGCGAAGUCGCUCCCGCAGACCGUAGCGUCUAGCCGCCCCGGAGCACUCAAAGGAUGUCCAGGCCGAGCACCGCGCCGGCCGCGAAUCGGAGCCCUUAGAGGUGCCCUAGGCGGUAUCCCCGAGCUGACGGCAUCUCCCCGUCCCGCAUCCUCCUCCCCUCGGUUUUGUUUUUCAUCCCUCCCUCCUCCCUCCAGUCCGCGACGACUGGCUCUAGACCCGGCUCUGGCCUCGCUGAAGGCUUCUGGUUACUCCCAUUCCCACCCUAUCCUUUAAUUUUAUUCUUUUGAAGAAUCUGCAUUUCAAGCUAUCAAGUUGGAGAGAGUGAUUGCAGAAAGAAGUGUUCAUUGUUCAGUUUUUAUUUUUAUGUGAUAAUCUGCCUUUAAGAAAGGUGUGCCAUACCUGAGAGUACCAGAAGUCGAAUGAGAGAUCACCUGAUAAAAGAACAAGUGAUGUUCCACUUCAAAGUGAUGCAUAGGCAGCAUUUAUGAAUUAACUGAUGUGUUGCUAUAUAUCUUCUCUCAUCUUUGUUUCUUGUUUUACAAUUUCAAAACAUUUGUGAUACUCGGUGUUAAGUCUAAAUUAACCACAUUUUGUACCACAAACUCGUUACCCAUGGAUCUUUUGCUGAAACAAGGAAGUCUUAAACAAGAAGCAGAAUCAUUUUGUUACCAAAUUGUAUCUGAAUCAGACAGUCCAAAGGUUGGAGUAGUACAAAGUGAAGAUGAACCAUUGCGGUCUUCAGUUUCUAUAAAACCAGAAGGUGAGCUUUCCAGGGUCAAUUUUAUGUCCAGUUCCAAUAAAAUAGCAACAUUUAGUAAGAAAAUAAAAAGAAGAAAAUAUGAUGAAAGUUAUUUGUCAUUUGGAUUUACUCACUUUGGAAAUCGAGAUGUACCUCAUGCACAAUGCAUAUUAUGUAAGAAGAUUUUGUCCAAUAGCUCUUUAGCUCCUAGUAAGCUUCGAAGACAUUUAGAAACUAAACACAUUGCAUAUAAAGACAAAGACAUCAGCUUUUUCAAGCAGUAUCUUGAUUCACCUGAAAACAGUAAACCUCCAGCACCUAAGACUGUCAAUACAGAUAAUGAAAGUGCUACAGAAGCAUCAUACAAUGUAAGUUACCACAUAGCCCUGAGUGGAGAGGCUCAUACUAUUGGAGAAUUGCUUAUCAAACCUUGUGCAAAAGAUGUAGUGAUGCGGAUGUUUGAUGAACACUAUAGUAAAAAAAUAGAUGCAAUACAACUCUCAAACAGUACUGUGGCACGCCGAAUUAAAGAUCUAGCUGCUGACAUUGAAGAAGAGCUUGUUUGUAGACUGAAAAUUUGUGAUGGGUUUUCACUGCAACUAGAUGAAUCAGCUGAUAUUUCAGGACUUGCUGUGCUGCUUGUGUUUAUUCGUUAUAGGUUUAAUAAAUCUAUUGAGGAAGACCUACUCUUAUGUGAAUCUUUGCAGAGUAAUGCAACUGGUGAAGAAAUUUUCAACUGCAUCAACAGUUUUAUGCAGAAACAUGAAAUUGAAUGGAAAAAAUGUGUUGAUGUUUGCAGUGAUGCUUCUAGGGCAGUGGAUGGGAAAAUUGCCGAGGCUGUCACCUUGAUAAAAUAUGUAGCUCCAGAAAGUACCAGUAGUCACUGCUUCUUCUAUCAACAUGCAUUAGUAGUUAAAAUAAUGCCUGCAUCUCUAAAAAGUGUGCUAGAUCAAGCAGUCCACAUUAUCAGUUACAUCAAAGCUCGACCACAUCAAUCCUGGGCACUAAAAAUUUUAUGUGAAGAAAUGGGUGCUCAGCACACAGCACUUCUUCUGAAUACAGAAGUGAGGUAAAGUUCUUUUAAGACUUUUUGAGCUUCGGCACAAACUAUUGGUUUUUAUGGAUUCUGCUUUUCGACUAUCCGGUUGCUUAACAAAUUCAUCUUGGCUGCUAAGACUUGCUUAUCUUGCUGACAUUUUUACUAAAUUAAAUGAGGUUAAUCUGUCAAUGCAAGGAAAGAAUAUAACAUUGUUUACAGUGUUUGAUAAAAUAUCGUCAUUGUUAAGAAAAUUG